AUGGCAAGCGUGAUGCGUAACAGCACUCUCAAGAGACUGCUAUUCUCACUUGCCGUCACCUUGCUCGUUGCCUCGCUUGCUUUAAGUACCAAAUUACCCCUCCGAGUCAUCGACCACGGUCACGGCCAUGACCAUCUCCAUCACCAUAAGCGCAGUACCGAACAUAAACACGACGUGUUGAAUCACAAUCUGCAAGAAAGACGUACAACCACCUAUGCCGCAGCCGUCCGAAAGGGAAGAGGCCUGAUGUGCCUUAUGGAAUCCACGAUCGCCAAAGCAGCCACUCUCAACUUAGCUGGAAACAUCCAGUCAACAUGGCUGGCGUCGGACGAUCUCAUAUCCCAGGGAUGGAGACCAAUGAAUAUGGGGACCUUCACGUAUAAAGACUUGACCAUCGACUUGCCUGUUUAUGGGAGCAAGUUGGACGCUUUCUUCUCCUCGAUGGGGAUUUCCUUUAACAGUUAUAGUGCUCAGUAUGCGAUGAGCAUAGCUCCUGGGCGUUACUCCAAGGAUGGCAAUCUUGCAUAUUGCAUUGCAUCCCAGGGGAUAUUCGGCAAUAUGAUAGACACAUCCUCCGGCACCAUCGUCGCCGACCUGAACAGGAGCCCCUUGAGCAUGAAUUACCAGGCGGUUACGCUAAGCAAUUUCUGCCCUAUACGACAGUGGUCUGAUGCCGUAUAUACCCAAUGGUUAGCUGCUGAGGCGGAGGAAUCCACGUCGCUGAAUCGCAUCGUCCGGGCUGGUAUAACCAACACCGCGACACAGGAGUUCGUCAUCCAGGCACUCCAAAACAAGGGCACUGUGACCGAGAUCCCGACGUGGGAUGCGAACAACCAGCUCACCCUGACGCGCGCAGACGAUGGGGACUUCUUUGCUGCUAUCCUGGGUAGCCCCAAUGGAGCGGGAUGUGCGUACCUGUUGGCGCAGCACAAGGCGCAACUGGGUAUUAAGCAGUUGACAUCAGUUAGUGUAUGGAUGAGCGGGAAUACACCGUUCGCGCUUACGGCACCGAUUGGUACCCUGGGGCAGAAUCUAAAUCUCCUCUUUAUGGUGGAAACUGUGGCGGAGCCGAUCGAUGUGGUCUGA